AGGGAGUGGGGGGAAGGGGCCCGGUGAGGGGACCUGGAGGAGGCCGCCCCUCCGAGGGGAUGGCCGGCCGGCCGGCUGGCAGGAGUGGCGUUGUGGGUUCUGGCACCGCCAGCCUCGUGCCUCUGCCCCAGCGUCCGGAGCAACCAGUUCUGAGCCAGGACUCCGUGGGGCGGGGUCAGUGGCAAAGAAGCACUCAACCCCGAGGACCGGCGUUGUCCUGAUUCAGGACGGGAAAGGAGAAGGGGCGAAUGUUUGCCUUCUCUGUUGUCGGGGGCAGCGUGAGGGGAAUGUGCACAGUUUGUUUCAAGAUGCCAGCAUGGACAGAAUAGCUUACGAUGCUCAUCCCGACCCACCACUUCCGAGACAUUGAGCGGAAGCCAGUGUACCUCCAGCCGGAGAAGUGUGUCCCGCCCCCCUACCCUGGCCCUGCGGGAACCAUGUGGUUCAUCCGCGACGGCUGCGGCAUCGCCUGUGCCAUCGUCACCUGGUUUCUGGUCCUCUAUGCGGAGUUCGUGGUCCUCUUCGUCAUGCUGAUCCCGUCCCGAGACUACGUGUACAGCAUCAUCAACGGGAUUCUGUUCAACCUGCUGGCCUUCCUGGCCCUGGCGUCCCACUGCCGGGCCAUGCUGACGGACCCCGGGGCCGUGCCCAAAGGAAACGCCACUAAAGAGUUCAUCGAGAGUUUGCAGCUGAAGCCGGGCCAGGUGGUGUACAAGUGCCCCAAGUGCUGCAGCAUCAAGCCCGACCGAGCGCACCACUGCAGUGUUUGCAAGCGGUGCAUUCGGAAGAUGGACCACCACUGUCCCUGGGUCAACAACUGCGUGGGCGAGAACAACCAGAAGUACUUCGUCCUGUUUACAAUGUACAUCGCGCUCAUCUCCCUGCACGCGCUCGUCAUGGUGGGACUCCACUUCCUGCGCUGCUUCGAAGAAGACUGGACGAAGUGCAGCUACUUCUCGCCACCCACCACGGUGAUCCUGCUCAUCCUGCUGUGCUUCGAGGGGCUGCUCUUCCUCAUCUUCACGUCGGUGAUGUUCGGGACGCAGGUGCACUCCAUCUGCACGGACGAGACGGGCAUUGAGCGCCUCAAACGAAAGCACCAGCCCAGGGAGCACCAGGGCAGCUGGGAGACAGUCCGGGAGACCUUCGGUGGGGACUUCUCCCCGAACUGGUUCAACCCCUUCUCCGGCCCGUGCCACCCAGAGCUGCUCAACGACGGGGGCUGGGUGCGGCAGGCGGAGUCCUUGUCGGGCCACGCGGAAACGUCGUCGGAGCGGCUGCAGGAGAGGAAGUCCGAGGACUCGGCGGAGGUGACAGACGAGUGAUGCUGUCGCGGGGAGGAGUCGCCGUGGACCCGCUCGUGGGCACGACGCAGUCCCCGCUCCCCGAGCUUCCCGCGCGCCGCUCCCCGGGCACUGCGGUCCGCAGCCCUCCUUCCUCUCCCCGCGUGGGGCCAGGUCCGGGGAUGGGGGAGGGGGCCGGGGUCACAGAGGAGGACAAGAGGCUGCCUCUGAGUUCAUCUAAGAAGGGUGUCCGGAGCGGGACUGCCUGGAGCCGCUCUCCCCGCCUGGGCGGCUAAGAACUUGCCUUCGGUUUCCUCGGGACGCUGCGAGCAGGGCCCCGCCGCUCCCUGCAGAGGGCGCCCCCUGCUGCCCGCCCAGGGCAGGGCACAGGCCCGGCGGCCCCAGCUCCCUGCAAGGAAGGGCCAGCGGGUCCCCACGCCCACACGGCCCACGGGGUCGAGUUACGACAGGGGCACCAACUCGGCUCCCGUCCCCUGGACCCGGAGCCGUCACCGGGUCCUGCCUUGAGGCUACAGUCUGUUGUCCCUUCACCGGCGGGGGGCGGGGGGCCCCAUGUAGGGCUCCCGGGGAGUCGCCGGCCUGUCCCACGGGCACUCCGUUGUACUCGCCCACCUGAAGGAAGUCGCACCACCCACGGGCCAGAACUGACCGCGAAUCUGGCCCGUGUCUCAGUUCCCUUCCCCCGAGAUCCCGCCCCUCUUGUCUCCGGGCGGGCGGGAGGGGGCCAGGGCCUGCACUGUGAGCCGGGCAGACAGACCAACCCUCCCCCACUCCCGACCCCGGACACUAUCAGGGGGCCGGGACCCUGGUCACCCCAUGAAGCCUGAAGGCCUGAGCAGGGGCGCCCCGCCUCAGUGGUCGCUGGGAAAGCAUCUUCUGCACGGAGGGGUUCGCCCUGGUUCGGUGCGAGAGUGGGUUGGGUUCCCACCCCACCCCCCACCGCCGCAGAGGCCUGCUCUCUCCGCGCGGUCUGACAGCCCCGCCCCUCCCGCCAGACGGGAGAGCACACGCCCUGCGCCCCAGGGGCCUGCAGCUCCUGCCGACCCCUGAAGACCCACCAGGCUCCGGGGCUCAUCGCUAAGGGGCCGGCCCACUGUCCUGACCGCUGUUCCGAGCACCCUGCCGAGUCCCAGGAGAGGGUGGUGGCCGGGCUCUGGCGCAGGCUCAGAACAGGGUGCAGGCCCGCUUUGGGGUCCACACCAGCUCUGGCACUUAGUAACGCCGGCGAGAGCAGCCCUGGUCGGCCCUGAAGCCUGUUGACUUGGAGCCAGGGUGGGGUGCAGCGCCUCCCGCGUGGGGAGAGCGGGUCUCCGAGGUCUUGGGGCGGCGGCUGUGCUAACGCAGAAGGCGGCCCCGGAGAGGGGGGAUCAGCACAGUGGGGGAGGGACGCAGUGCCCCCGCCCCGGUGUCCCUGAGGAGCCGGGGUUAGACUUCAGAACAAGCAAGAGGGUUUGCCGGCCGCUGCCGAGCUCAGGCCAGGUCCGAGGACUGUGCUGAGUAAGCCCCAGGUCCCCUGAGACAACGGGCUUGAAACUGCACUCCCUGGGGACCAGCUUGGCCCCAAGCCCCCCCAUGCUCAGACGCGUUGGGGGCAGGCCCUUAACCUGCAGCCAUCCACCCUCCCCCCGAGAUAGGACUCCCCCGAGGCAGAGCCCCUCCUGGGAGGGCUGGACCGCCCCAGUCAACUGUGAGCCUCAUGCCCUCCUCGCACCAGCCACACGGUGGCCUCCUCUCUGGUGGCUGUCGACGGCCUAACAUUCUGCUUAGCCGCCGGUGGAGCGCGCUGCAGCUGCUUCCAAUCGUCAGCUCCUGCUGGGUGGGAAGCCGGCGCCUCCGCCCUCCUCUCAAUAAAAAGCUCUUUGCGUGA